GGGCGGGCAGCACUGGGCGGGCAGUGGGGCAGGCAGCGAGGCAGCACUGAGUGGGCAGCAGGGCAGCAGUGGGGCAACAGCGUCUGCACCACGGUGAGACUGAGCAAGUCCCCAGUGAAGGAGGGGGGCAGUGCAUGGGGUGCUGCCUGCAGCAGGGAGGGCCCUCGCCCGUGGGGCCAUGCUCGCCCCCCUGAGCCCGCUGUGCCCACAGGCCCCAUGGACACGGAGGUGCCAGCGCCCCGGGGUGUGUAGGAGCCCCGCAGGCAAGAGGGGGGCUGCCCGGUGCCGCCUCUGCCUGCACCCCUGGCCCCGGAGCCAUGUCGGGGUCCCUGAGCAAGCGGAGUGACCUGGCCAAUGACAACAGCUGCCUGGGGCUAAGCCUGCCGCUGCAGGGCCCCCCCGGCGAGGUGCUGCGUGCCAAGGCCCCCCUGGGCUCCCCCAAGGGCCGCCGCAUCUAUGCGUGCACCAACCUGCAGAGUGCUGUGGGGCUGGGCCCCCUGCCUGGUGAGGAGCCUGCCAAUGCCAAGUGGGUGAAGGAUGGGCAGAACCAGCUGCGCAAGGCGGCCGAGCGGGACCAGAACCGCAAUGAGCUGGGCCCCCCGCCCGAGGAGCUGGAGGUGUCGGCCCGCAACGCUCUCAAUGCUGGCUGUGACAGGGGCCUGCUCAUAGACCUGCAGGGCGGGGGCGGCGAUGAGGAGGAGGAGGAGGACGAGGAGGGGGACGGGGACUCCACCCCGGUGCAGAGUGACCCCAUCACGGCCGAGUCGGAGCAGAGCUCGGAGCGCGCCCCGCGCGAGCACGGCAAAAGCGCCAGCCUGCUCUUCGGCGUGCGCAGCAGCACUGCCAGCGAUGAGGACUCCAGCUGGGCCACGCUCAGCCAGGGCAGCCCUGCCUGCAGCUCCCCUGAUGACACAGACUCAUUUUGGACCCGAAACUCUUUCGAGACGGACUCGGACCUACCUGCAGGAUGGAUGCGGGUGCAGGACACCUCGGGCACCUACUAUUGGCACAUCCCCACGGGCACCACACAGUGGGAGCCACCCUCGGGGCUGGCCCGGGGCUCAGCACACAGCUCCCAGGGCAACACUCCAUCGGAGGAACAACCGCUCGCCUGGACAGGCUUCGUCCCGACUGAGCACUUUGGUGAUGGGGAUUUUUGGAAGGAUACUGCAGCAGAGGAGGCAACAGGAGAGCCUGGAGCAGAGGAUGCUGAGCCACUGGCAUCAGGACUGGCCUCGCCGGGCACCAGCAUGGCCCAGACUGAAGAGGACAAGCUGGGCUCUAAGUGCUUCGCAGUGCGCUCGCUGGGCUGGGUGGAGAUGAGUGAAGAGGAGCUGGCCCCAGGGAAGAGCAGCAUCGCUGUGAACAACUGCAUCCGCCAGCUGUCCCUGCACCAGCACGGCCCGCGAGGCACCUGGGGAGAGGGCCGGGCCAUGCUCCUUCUCCUGGAGAGCCAGACGCUGAAGCUGGUGGACCCGCAGGACCAGGCUCUGCUGCAUGCGCAGCCCGUGGCCAGCAUCCGCGUCUGGGGCGUGGGGCGUGACAGCGGCAGGGAUUUUGCCUACGUGGCCCGGGACCAGCUGACGCAGAUGCUCAAGUGCCACGUCUUCCGCUGCGAGAGCCCUGCCAAGAACAUCGCCACCAGCCUGCAUGAGGUCUGCUCCCAGAUCAUGGUGGAGCGGCGAAGUGCACGGGCACUGGCCAAUGGCCUCUCUGUGGACUCCUCCAAGAUGGUAGAGAUCCCAUUUCAAGUGGAAUUCCCUGUGCCUAAGAGCGAGGUGGUGCAGAAGUUCCAGGUGUGUUACCUAGGCUGCGUGCCUGUCGCCAAGCCUGUGGGCAUGGAUGUCAUCAACGCGGCGCUGGAGUCGGCACUGGCAACCAGCAGCAGGGAGCACUGGACCCCCAUCGUGGUCAGCGUGGCGCCCGCCACGCUCACCAUCACCCACGAGCAGACGGAGGCGGUGCUGUGCGAGUGCCGCGUGCGGUUCCUGUCGUUCAUGGGCGUGGGCCGGGACGUGCGCUCCUUCGCCUUCAUCAUGGCCAGCGCCCCGGGCACCUUCCGCUGCCACAUGGUCUGGUGUGAGCCCAACGCGGCGGGGCUGAGUGAGGCGCUGCAGGCUGCCUGCAUGCUGCGCUACCAGAAGUGCUUGGAUGCCCGGCCCCAGGCCUCCAGCUCCUGCCUGCCAGCGCCGCCUGCCGACUCUGUGGCCCGCCGGGUGGGCUCCACCGUCCGCAAGGGCGUGCAGACCCUCCUGGGCAGCCUGAAGCCCAAGCGCAUCGGCGCACAGACACCGUGAGCCGGGCAGAAGGGAGCAACCGAGACCCCUUUCCCGCCCUCCCGUGGCCCCUGCACUGUGCCACCGCCUGUGGGCAGCCUGCUGCGGAUGGGAUGGGGUGCCAGCGCCGGGUGCCUGGGCACACGCUGGGUGCUGGUGUCACGUGAGCGUGGCCGCGUCCACAGCGCGCGUGUGUGUGUACCUGCGCGCCAGACGAGCAGUGCACCGACACGGCUGCGUCCUGUGUGCGCGUACCCGUGCAUGUGGUGCAAGGCACCUGCAGGCUGUGUGCAUGUGAGUGCGAGGGGCGCAUGCCAGGUUCGCUCCAGUGAGGUGCGUGCUGAGAGCAGCAGUCCAAGUGCAGCUCUGCCCCCUCCAGCCAUGCCUGUGGGGCAGGCGGGAAGGGGCCCAGGAGGGCCUGGAUGGGGGCUCCUGUCCCCGCACUGCCGGGGGGCCCUGUGCCACCCCCGGGGCAGUGACAGGUGCCCGCGUGGCCGGGGCACAGGGCCAGCCCUGCCCCAAUGCAUGUGAUCUAACCUGCAGUGUGGGGGCUCUCCUAGGUCCUGGCGCUGCCUGCCUGGCCCUGGAGCUGCCACCUCUGCUGUAACAAAGAUCUGUGUUGUACUAAGUAAUUAAUAAACCCAUUCUACCAGCCCA